AUGGCGGAGCGAUACAUUCCCGAGCACCGCCGGACCCAGUUCAAGGCUAAGAACACAUUCAAGCCCGAGGAACUCCGCCGCCGCCGCGAGGAGCAGCAGGUUGAGAUUCGCAAGGCGAAGCGAGAGGAGAACUUGGCCAAGCGACGAGGUAUUGGAACGGGCGAGAACCGUCCUGGUGCCUCGCUCGGUGCCGCUCCCGACAGCGACGAUGAAUCUACUCCCUCCGAAUCCCAGUUGAGUGAGGACCUUCCUCAGAUGGUCCAGGGUGUGCUCUCGGACCAGAUCGACCUGCAGAUCCAAGCCACGACCAAAUUCCGAAAGCUCUUGUCCAAGGAGCGAAACCCACCCAUCGAAGAGGUGAUCAAGACCGGUGUGGUUAACCGCUUUGUCGAGUUCUUGCGAUCGCCUCAUACGCUGGUGCAGUUCGAGGCUGCCUGGGCUCUGACCAACAUUGCCUCUGGUUCCGCGAACCAGACGCAGGUCGUCAUCGAGGCCGGUGCCGUCCCCAUCUUUGUCGAGCUUCUGGCCAGCCCCGAGCCCGAUGUUCGUGAGCAGGCUGUCUGGGCUCUUGGAAACAUUGCCGGCGACAGCCCCCACUGCCGAGAUUACGUGCUCAGCUGUGGUGCGCUCAAGCCGCUGCUGAACCUCCUCGGUGACAGUCGCAAGCUGAGCAUGCUGCGCAACGCCACCUGGACCCUGAGCAACUUUUGCCGCGGCAAAACUCCCCAGCCUGACUGGAACACCAUCGCCCCGGCGCUCCCUGUCCUCUCCAAGCUGGUCUACUCCUUGGAUGAUGAAGUCUUGAUCGAUGCGUGCUGGGCCAUUUCGUACCUCUCUGACGGCUCCAACGAUAAGAUCCAGGCCGUCAUCGAGGCCGGCAUCCCUCGCCGCCUUGUCGAGCUUCUGAUGCACGCAUCUACCUCGGUUCAAACCCCCGCCCUUCGGUCCGUUGGCAACAUCGUCACCGGUGACGAUGUCCAGACCCAAGUCAUCAUCAACUGCGGCGCUCUUCCUUGCCUCCUGUCUCUCCUCAGUUCGACCAAGGAUGGCAUCCGUAAGGAGGCCUGCUGGACCAUUUCGAACAUCACGGCGGGCAACUCCUCUCAGAUCCAGGCUGUCAUUGACGCCAACAUCACCCCCCCCCUGAUCCAUCUCCUACAGAACGGCGAUCUCAAGACGCGCAAGGAGGCUUGCUGGGCCAUCAGCAAUGCCACAUCCGGUGGCCUGCAAAAGCCGGACCAGAUUCGGUACCUCGUUUCCCAGGGAUGCAUCAAGCCGCUGUGCGAUCUCCUGUCGUGCCCCGACAACAAGAUCAUCCAGGUCGCCCUUGAUGGCCUCGAGAACAUACUCAAGAUCGGUGACCUCGACAAGCUGGCGGCGGGCGAAAACGCCGAAUCGAUCAACCGUUACGCGCUGUUCAUCGAGGAGUGUGGCGGCAUGGAGAAGAUCCACGAGUGCCAGAACAACGCCAACGAGGAGAUCUACGUCAAGUCGUACCACAUCAUCGAGAAGUACUUCUCGGACGACGUCGAAAACGCCGACGAGGGCAUGGCCCAGCCGGCUGGCCCCAACGGCACCUUCGGUUUCGGUGCCAACGCGCCGGCCCAGUCGGGCGGCUUCAACUUUGCCAAUGGAGGCGACUCGAUGGAUAUGUAG